AUGAUCGACUGGGUGUCCUGGCCCCUGGGAAAGAACAUAGACAAGUGGAUCAUUGCUCUGCUGAAGGGUUUGGCCGCCGUGAAAAAGUUCAGCAUCUUGAUUGAAGUUACUCUUUCGAAAAUUGAAAAGGUCUUUUCCAAAUUGCUGUAUCCCAUCGUGAGAGAGGGAGCUUUGUCUGUCCUGCAGUACAUGCUGCUGAGCUUCCAGCACUCCCACGAGGCAUUUCACUUGCUGCUCCCUCACAUCCCCAGGCUGGUGGCCUCUCUGAAGAAGGAGGACUCCAACUCUGCCACCAGCUCCCUGGAGCAGCUGGCUGAACUCAUCCACUGCAUGUUCUUUCGCUUCUCAGGAUUUCCAGAUCUCUACGAACCAGUCCUAGAUGCGGUUAAAGCUCUUCCUAUUCCAAACGAAGACCGGAUUAAACAUCUCUUGGGACAAAAUGCUUGGACGUCCCAGAAGAACGAACUGGCCUGCUUCUAUCCACGCCUGGCAUCCAAAUCGGAGACGGGAAAGAUCGGGUUAAUAAAUUUAGGAAACACCUGCUACAUGAACAGCAUCAUACAGUCUCUUUUCAUGGCUUCGGACUUUCGGCAUUCGGUGUUGAAUUUAACUGAGGGCAACUCCCAGCCCCUGAUGACAAAGCUCCAGUGGCUCUUUGCGUUUUUGGAGCACAGUCAGCGACCUGCCAUCUCACCCGAGAGUUUCCUCUCUGCCUCCUGGCCGCCCUGGUUCACCCCCGGCGCUCAGCAAGAUUGCUCGGAGUAUCUCAAGUACUUGCUGGACCGAUUACACGAAGAAGAAAAAACUGGAAAAAGGAUCUACCAGAAACUCAAGGAAUCCAGCUUGAUGUCUCAGGUGGUGGAGCAUCAUUACUUAAACAAGACAUUGAUUGAGAAGAUGUUUGGGGGUAAAAUGAUGACAAAGAUCCGCUGCUUGAAGUGUCUGAAUGUCUCCUCCCGAGAAGAAGCCUUCACAGACCUGUCGCUGGCUUUUCCCCCUUCGGACAGGCAUGUGCGUGGGAGCACAUCUGUUUUACCAGUGGAAGAAAUUGGCCCUCAGUUUAUUGAGCCUCCUGAAAACUCAAGCCAGCUAACGGGGUCUCCCUGGAUCCCAAGGAAGCCUCCUAUGGCCAGAGACCCUGCAGCCCCACCAAUGCCAGUGGAAACGUUGGGUUUCCAGGAGACAGGAGAACCAUCUAGUCCCUUAAGUAGCAGUGCUGUUGGUAGGGAUGCAGCCAAAGACCCUCUCUCGGCUUUUAGGGAGCAGGCAUGUGCUCCCAAGGAUUCCAGGUCUGUCCCAGAUUUAAUCAACUAUUUUCUAUCCCCGGAGAGACUGACAGCAGAGAAUAAAUACCACUGUGAGAAAUGCGCUUCCUUGCAGGAUGCCGAGAAGGUGGCGGAGCUGACGGAGGGCCCACACUACCUCAUCCUCACUCUACUGCGGUUCUCCUUCGACCCGCGGACCAUGAAGAGGAAGAAGAUCUUGGACAACGUCUCCAUCCCUGUGGUGCUCAAGCUGCCCGUCCUUGUCACCUCAGAGGAAACCGAGGAAAUUUGCCGGCAUGGGAAGGACAGGACUGCCCCGGGAAGUGGCUUUGUGUCCGUCGUGUAUGACCUCUGCAGCGUGGUGGUGCAUUCGGGCAUCUCCUCCGAGAGCGGCCACUACUACUGUUACUCCAGGGAGUGCACCGACACCGUCCCCCAUGGGCAACCCCAAGACAGGGCACCAAAACCAGCCUCUGACAAGCAGCUGGACUUUGAAAUCCAGUGGUACCUCUUCAACGACACCAGGGUUUCCUUCUCCUCCUUCGAAUCCGUCAGCAACGUCACCUCUUUCUUCCCCAAGGACACUGCCUAUGUCCUCUUCUACAGGCAGCGGCCGGGCAGGCAGAGCUGCCUACGGCAAGGGCCCGCCCGCCUGCACGGUGAACCCUCCCUCCAUAAGGACUUGAUGGAAGCCAUUUCCAAAGAUAACAUCCUCUACUUGCAGGAGCAGGAAAAAGAAGCGAGGAACAGAGCCGCGUACAUUUCUGCCUUGCCGAAAUCCCCGCUGUGGUGGAGAGACUUUGACAAGGACAAGGAUGAUGACAGCUCGUCAGGGGGCUGCAGCCCGGCGGCGGGUGGGGGCGGAUCCGGCUCCUUUCAUGGACUCGUCUUCUAG